AUGAUUGUUAUGAAUUCGUCAUCAAAAUUACCAAUAAUCUGGAUGUGGAAAUUAAACGCUAAUCCAUGGACAAAUGUUGGACCUGACACGUGGGAACAAUAUUCAGAUAUUGAAAAUUACAUAAUCGAAAAUGCACAUCAACAAAAUAAAAAUCAAGUUGAAUUGGAUCAUUUUUGGUUCGAUUUCAAUAAACAAAUUCAAAUCAAUAAACAAGAUCUGAAUAAACAAAGAGCCAUUAUGCGUGAAAUCAUGUACAUGUUGGAUAAAGAUAUUAGAGAACACAGAUUUACAAUGCAACAACCGAAACUUGAUUACAAACCACUCAAUAUGUCGGAUCCAUUUCUCAUGAGAGAAGCUGAUAUAUGUAAAGGAAUGUUUACAAAUGAGAAAGAUCGAGAAUAUGGUCAGACAUUAGGUCCAUAUUGUGCUUUAUCAGAGAAAUAUCUUCGUGAUAGUCCAAAUCAAGAAGAAAUUAUUGUCUAUCAAUGUGCUACAUUAACAAAUGAAAUGAUUCAUGAGUAUAAGGAAAAUAUUGGUAGAUUAGCUUGGUGGGAUGCAUUUUCAAGUACAAUAAAAAAUGAACAUAAAGCAUUACAAUUUGGUGGUAAUACUUUAUUUGUAAUUUAUAUUCCUCGUCAAAAGCAUUGUUUAGGUGUGGAAAUUUCAUCGUUAUCAGUAUAUCUAGAUAAAGAAGAAAUUUUACUACAACCUGCUCUAAAUAUCUCCAUACAAAGAAUUCAAUAUGAGCCGAAAAUUAAUAAACACCAGAUAAAUUUAGAAGUUAGUUCUUGUUCAUGCACUGUUGAAAAAAUAGAAUCAGGUCAUAAAUCAUAUUAUUCAUGA